CCACUGACCUAGCUACCAAAGGCACACCAACCAGGCUCAUAAAUACCAUCAGAGUGCGUACGUGCACAAGAACACCCGCGGCGCCGGCGAUGACGACCGUUAACGUGAACCCCGUCUACGAGUGGCUCGACGACGGCGCCAGCCACCUCCUCCGCCUCGACCUCCCAGUCCCAGGGUUCAAGGGGGAGGACUUUAAUGUGUACGUGGACGGCGAGGCCCGCCGGAUCAUCGUCUUCGGCAGCGACGGCAAGGCGCUGUGGCUCCACAACACGUUCCAGCUGCCCGAUACGGCCAACCAUGACACCAUCACCUACAGCUUCGACAGCAACGUGCUCACGCUCACCAUGCCCAAGCUGCCCGCCGCCCCCGCACCGCCCCCUCCGCCGCAGGCCAAGGAGGAGGCGCGAGUCGCCGGCGGUAAGAAGCCAGCUGAUCAGGAGGGCAAGCUGGGCGCCAAGGUUGGCGGUGGCCAUGGUGGCGCGGCGACGGAGGAGCGGACGACCGCCGAGGCGGAGGAGAGGACGACGAGCUUGACGGCCAGUAGCAAAGAGGAAGACGAGAAGGCCAGGCCCACGGCGCCGCCGCCGCCGCCGCCUCAGUCGAACGAGAAGGCGCAAGAUCAUCAGGAUGGCAAGGCGAGGGCCGGCCACAGGGAGAUGGUCGCCCGCGAGGCCGCGCGCAGGAUCGAGGCAGCGCGGGCGAGGGUGGCGGAGGCCAAGGCCAAGGCGGAGCUGGAGAGGAAGUGGGAGCACUGGAAGGAGCGCGCCGUGGAGGAGGGGGUGAAGUUGGCGGAGGCGCUCAACAAGAAUAAAGAGGUGAUCGCUACGGCCGUCGCCGCCUUCGCACUUGGCGUCUUGGUCUCCAAUAGGAUCUUCUGCAGGAAUUAAUCAACCCGUGCAUCAUCAUGGAUCGGACAGACAUCAUCGUCAGAACAAGAGCAGGAUCGCCAACUCUAUAUAUUGAUUCUUACACUUGUAGAUAUCCAUCAUCCAUCAGUAAUAUGCAUGAAGAUAAGAGACGAUGCAUGCAAUGUACAUUUGGAAGUAACGGUCAUUGUUGUACAUCGGUGAUUAGGUGUAUAUAUCCCCAUGUUUCACAACGAUACUUGUUGUCUUAGCCUUCGACACAACACGUUGGUCCUUGGUCGUUAACCUUA